GUCGCUCGUAGCGUGCGGUGCGGUCGAGACGUGCCCGCGCGGUCGGUAGUGCUCCGCGUCGGUUUUUGUGACACCUCAUUUGUAUUUGGAACAUGUGCUGUGCUUGACUGGGAGAUGACCGGUGAAAUUUGCUGCAGUAACAAAUGGUAUGCGUUUGGUGCGCGUAGCUGAGAAAGGGAAAUGCACUUGCGUGCGCUGCUCUCGGCCGAACGGACUGCCGGCAUGAAGGGCCAACCGGUUUGGACAACGUCACCCCCGGGGGAGCCGCUGGUGCGAGCGCCGGCCGGCAAGCCGCGUUGCCCCCCCGCGAUAUCGCGGCUUCGCGUCGAGAAGGUGGAGGGGGGGCUGGCGGUGGCGGGGGUGGUGGUGGCCGCCAACUGCCAGAUAGUCCUCCCGAUCUUUGGCUUCUUGUUUAUGCUGGUCGGCUGCGUGCUGACAGCGGCAUCGUAUCGCGGUUGCGGCGAGAACGAGGAGCCUGACCACUAUGCGGCGCGCAUCGCCUUCACUGGCAACUCGCGCGUGCUCGGCCCAGUGUGCAUCGUCGCUGGUGCCCUCAUGACUAUUGCUGGCAUCGUGCUGUGCAUCUUGAUGCGGGCCGCGCAACGUCGGCAGCGCAGGCUGGCGUUCCACUGUCCCAUCCACGGCGACUUCUACCCUCUAAGUCCUCAAAAUAGCAGAAAAUAUUCUCACAGCCCCUCAGGGCUCUGGCGCUUCCUGCGCGGCUGGCUGGGCAUGGUGGAGGAGGGCGAAGCGCCGCGUUGCCCGCGCUCCACGGAGCCUGCUUCGCCCGCGCGCGCCGACGCGCCCUGCCCGCCGCCACUUCCCUUCUUGGUGCCCUCCGACUCUGUGGUAGGCAUGGCGUCAGUGCUGGGAGCCCCGCUUAGCCCCGAGCAGACCUUCGGCUCCAUCAAAUCGCUGGCCAUAUCGAGGGAAGUCGCCAGCUUCCCCUUAUCGAGGUCUCCCACCCCGCCGCCUUUGAGCUGCCCCCCAUUCAAGGACGAGUCGAAGAGCAUCGAGGAAAGCAUCCCCAAUUCGGUGUCGCGGCCGGAGUUCGACUGUCCCCCUUCCUGCAACUACCGCGUGGUGGAAUGCAAGCUCACCACCACCGACGAAAUCUCUCGCCCCAGCCCCCCUGUGCACAAACCCUCCCGGCCCUCCACUGUCUCCAUCACCAUACCCGACGAGGGCAAGGGUUAACCCCCCCUGAAACACUAGACACUAUGUUCAAAUUUAAGUGUGAACGCGCGUGUGUGACGCCGGAAUGUGAUCUUUAUUGUCGAAUUCAAGUAUCGAACUCGCAAAUCAGUGGACGAACUUUGGAUAAAUUCACAAUAAAGCGCUUGUAAAUUUUGAUAUCUGCUCAAACAAUCACAUUCGUCUUCCGCUAGCGCUCACUGUUCGAACACCUCGAAAGUCGUGGAUAAUUUUAUUUAGGUGGAUUGAAAUGUUAUUAGUUAAGCCUGGACGGCCUCUAGCUACUGGUGCAAUAUUUUGAUUCAGACACGGCAAUUUUUCUAUCACCUCUUCUUAGCAAUAAAGACGCCAAAUGUUUCGAGCGAGAUCGGUAUAAUAGAAAGUGGUGUAUGUAGUGUUUGUAAUGGCGUAUUUAUGUAUUUGUGAUUAUUUAUUCCAGCAUCUUUAAUGUAUAAAGCAUUUUGUUUAAUAAUCGUUCAGACAGUUGUAAUGCAUGUGAGCAUUCUAGUCGUUUGGUCUGUAGCAAAUUGUUUUAAAUCAUUAUUGUAUUGUGACGUCGUAUUAAGCGUGGUAGAAACGAAAUGUUGUAAUAAUAUCGGCUCAGUAGGAUAAAUCGUUCCUCAUUAUAUUAAUGAAGUAUGUAAGAGAUUGUCCAUUACAUUCAUUUGUGCGUAAAUUAAGUUUAAGUGUAUUUAUUACAUAAGAGUACAUGAAAUCACGUACCCUAGAAUAGGUCCGAAAUGUGAUAUUUUUGUUUUAACUUGUUGACGUCUAACUUUUCAAAUCGUGCGAGGCAUAGCCAAGAGGGCUAGGAAAAUGCUAUCAGUGAAUCUGUUUUAUUUGUGAAAGCACCCACACUAUUAAAAUAAUAAGGCACGUUACAAUCAAUAUUUUAUUCAUUCAUACAUAAAUUAUCCGAUUUAUGUUCCAUAAUACUACUUCGUAGUUUUUCACUAUAAUAUUAAGAUAGUAGGUAGAUUUCAAUCUACUCUUAUGAAAAUUCCUAGUAAUCUAACUAUGCCUGUAGGUCUUUUAUUCAUUAACAGCUAUAAAAAUCGUAUGUUUCAUUUCAUUUACACAGUCAUAUCAUUAUUUUGGUGAAGGAGCCAAAAGAAGAUGCCAAAAUAUUACCUUAACUCGUCCAUAUGAGUAUUUGUAUGUUCGCUUCUGUUCCUUUAAUCGGGUUUAUAACCAUGCAACAAUAGUUAGGACCUAUUUUUUAACAACAUUGUACCUACCUAAGUAGGUACUAGGUACACAGACGGUGCAGCGAUGCUACAGCUUACUUUGAACUGCUGCCUUCCUGUAAUAAACUACUGUUUUACCUAUUGUUGCCUGAUUAUCAACCUGACUUGUCGCAUUAAAAUUGUGCUCAGAAAAGACAAAUUUAGUAAGAUGCAACUGUA